ACUAAAUUACCCAACCUAAGACUUGCUUGUGGAAAGCAUCUUUCAUGUAGUUAUCUGGCUUUCUGUACUGUGAAUAAGAAUGUUGAGUACUUUGAAUUUAAUGGCAUCCAGGACUGUAGCUAUCAGCAGUGUUAUUGUUUAUUGUAAGUGUUUUACUUGUUCUCAUUGUUUGGUAAAUGAACAGUUGGACUGGAUGCAUGAUGCGUUCAUUCGAUGGAGGUUAUACUUGGACAAAUAGAGAACAACUUCCUCCGGGUGUAUUAGGACCAAUAAAAAAUAAGCCUAUCAUGUUGGAUGAUGGGCAGAUGAUCUGUGGGUCUUCUGUAGAAAGCUGGAAUUCUUGGGGGGCUUGGGUGGAGGUAACAUCUGAUUUAGGAAAAACUUGGAGAAAAAAUGGACCAAUCUUCAUCCCUGGUGAAGGUCUGAGUGUAAUUCAACCUGUACCUUACCAGACAGCAAAUGGGAGUUUAAGGGUUCUCUUAAGAUCUGCUAUCGGUAGAGUUUGUAUGUCGGAAUCCUUAGACGGUGGUCAUACCUGGAGCAAUGCACAGCCAACUGUACUUCCAAAUCCUAAUUCAGGAAUUGACGGGGUGAAAUUGAAGGAUGGUCGUCUUGUGCUUGCUUACAACAUUGAAACGCGGGGAUUGCUCAAGGUUGCUGUGUCGUGUGAUGAUGGUGACUCAUGGAUUGAUGUUUUGACACUUGAGGAUACUUCAGGCAUGGAAUUCUCUUAUCCAGCUGUCAUCCAGUCAAGUGAUGGAUCGGUGCACAUCACCUACACUUACAAAAGGGCACAAAUUAAGCAUGUUGUACUUCAACUCAAUUGACGCGGUGAACCUUAAAUUCUGUGGCAAGCCUGCUGAGUUGAAGCUCAAUGCGUGCUUGUAGACUUGUCCCUCUACUCAGACUGCUGGAUUGUUGCUGAUUUUAAGCUGUGUUGCAUUGACACACAAAUGGACAUAGAUACUUGCAGGAAUGCAAUAAUAAUGUGUAAUAAACUAACUAUUCAGAAAUAAAUUAAACUGGUUGCAUAUUAUGCUUCUAUACAUCCUACAUCGGCUAUGUGUAUUGGUUGUUUGAAUAUGAUACUUGUGACAUUAAUGUGUGGUUUAAGGUCUUUAUGAUUUGUUUAACUGUCUAAGCUGUAGCAGCAGUGUAGCGCUCUAGUGUGUAUCACACCAAUGGAUUGUCACUCUCUAAACGAGUA